GUUCACACGAGCGCGGCGAAGGAGAAAGGAAAGGCACAAUCGCCUCCUUGUGACCGAGAUCUACCUUCACUCUGCUUUCGUGACCAAGAUCUGCCUUCCUCUGCUGCCAAUCAGCAUGAUGUUCCUCCUGGCUGUUGCUCCUUGCUGCUGUUGCUCCGGAAGACAGGGGUGCCGCAUCGUGACCGCCAUCUUCACCGUCGUUUGGCUCGUCGCUGGCCUGGCGUUGCUGUCUACUGGCGCAAUCAAGAAGAUCAAGGCGGACUCACUCAACCCAGCUGCUGAUUUCGAAGCUCUCGGCCGGGUGUGCACCAUCGACGACAUCGGUGCCAAGCAGUACCAAAUCACGGGAUCCGAGGAGCGUGACCGCUGCGAAGAGGAGUACAAGUACUUCUUCACCGUCGGCAACGGGACGAGAAUAUACACCUCGCGGAUUGAGAAGCAGUCCCGGCCCGGCCCAUGCCCAGUGGGGUUUUUGGACCUUCAAACGUAUGCCGUAGGCCAGACAGUGGACUGCUGGAGGGCAAGGAAGGAGGUCAGCUCGGUGUACCAAUGCGGCAACAAGCCGGAGUGCUACAAGAUAUUCGACCCUGCGGCCGAAGCCAAGGAAUGGGCCAAAACCGGAGUGACUCUCAUGAUAAUAGGGGGAGCGUUUAUUGGUGUAGCCGUGCUCUUAGCGGGUAUUCAUCUGCUUUGUAUUCGCGUCUGUCGUCAGUAGGACAGACAGGCAAUCCAUCCAUCCAUCCAUGAGUCAGAUUUUGGCUGUCGUGUGGUGUCGUGUGGUCUGACCUGGUCUAAGCUGACCUGUUCUCACAAUAGGCUCUUUGUCUUACUUCAUGAGUUCCUUCAUGACUUUGCUUUGUGUUCUCCAUGUGUG